GCAGGAAGAGGGAAAUCCAAAACAGAGCUCGCCUCGCAUCUCCGUCAGCUGGAAGUGAAGAAGUGAAGUUGAGCCCUGACAGCGGUUGUAAAGUGGAAGGCAGUUGUUAAAGCGGGAGAAAAAGCUAACUGGCGUUUAGGUAUUAAGCGAGUGGAUAUUUUCUGGCUGGGUUACUUUACCCUCCGCCCAGCAGGAUGCAGAGGGCUUCCCGUUUGAAGCGUGAACUUCAGAUGCUGAGCACCGAGCCACCUCCCGGGAUAACAUGCUGGCAGACUGAGGAGAGGAUAGACGACCUCCGGGCACAGAUAGUGGGCGGAACCGGGACGCCAUAUGAAGGUGGACUCUUCUCCUUGGAGAUCAAGGUCCCAGAGAGGUACCCAUUUGAACCUCCCAAAAUGCGAUUCUUGACCCCCAUCUACCACCCAAACAUUGACAACUCAGGACGUAUCUGCCAUGAUGCCCUCAAACUCCCACCAAAGGGUGCCUGGAAGCCAUCCCUAAACAUCUCCACAGUCCUCACCUCCAUUCAGCUCCUCAUGGCUGAGCCCAAUCCAGACGACCCGCUCAUGGCUGAUAUAUCAUCAGAGUUCAAAUACAACAAACAGCUGUUCAUGGAGAAGGCCAGGAAGUGGACAGAAGAACAUGCUGUUCAGAAGAACACGGGAGUCGUGGAGAGCAACAAAGAAAAUACUCCAGAUCAGAAUGUUUCAUCCCGCAAACGGGAGGCUGGCAGUGCACAAACGGAGACAGAGGAGCCCGCAAAGAAAACCUGUGCCUAGUUUCAGUUUCACUUGAGCCACAGGACUCCCUUCUCUGACGCCACCAUGCUUUAUAUGCCUGUCUAUUUGUAAAGAGUUUAAUUUUAAAUUUUAAUUUAGCACUGACGCCUUCUUACAUUUACUUUGUAUGCAUUCUCCUUCUUAAUCCAAAAAUACCCACAUAUUCAUAUGUAUAAUGUUUGUUUUGUGUUGUGAUAUUAAAUUGUAUUUUAACUUAAUGCCAACGUUCAGUUUUUUUUAAUGUUUUGCAUGAAAUGCUUUUACUUCUCUUGUGUUGUGAAGGUGUGUUUCACAAUAGAUGGAAUAUACAGUAUGAAGAUAAUUUUAUUCAAAC